AUGCGUCUCGCCUACAUUUUCGCCGUGAUGAUGGCGGGUGCUCUACCUUAUUGCAAUGCGCUGCAUGCAGCUCCAGGUGCCAAGGCACUGAAUAAAAUCAAAACUUUCCCCGAUUUUGCCGCCCCAAGCCCUAAAGACGGCAACCGUCUGCUGCGCCGUGUCGAUAAUGGGGAAUUUGAGAUCGAGGAAGAGAGAGGAUUCAGUCUGAAGGAUACCCUGAAGAAGCUCAAUCCCAUUAAAGCUGCGGUAAAGGCGAAGGACAAGGCUAAAGAGGUCACGGAAAAGAUCACGGAUGCCGACUGGAAGAAGCUAGUUGAGCAUUUGAAAAUUAAGGGUGACAAGAGGAGUUAA